CACACGAACAAAGAACAUUGUUUUCCUGGUAGAAAUUUAGAUCCAGUAAAAACCCUUUACAAGUACCACAUUUCCCCUCAAGAAUCACUUGUUUGUUGCCAAGUUCUGUGCUUUUGUUUGUGGUCGGUAAUGGUGGAAUUAGAGGUGAACUAAGUGUGUGUUACUUGCUCGAAAUGGAGGAUAGAGAAGGAGGUGGAUCAUUUGUUGCAGUUAGAAGGAUUUCACAUGGUCUUGAUAGAAGCAGCACUUGUAAUACAGCUUCAGCUGAGGUUGUGGCAGGCUCAGCAGCAUGGCUUGGCAGAGGCUUCUCGUGUGUUUGUGUUCAGGGAAGAGAAGGUGACUCGCGCCCAUCAUUUGAUUUGACCCCUGCCCAGGAAAUUUGCUUACAAAGACUGCAACAGCGUUUAGACGUUGCCUAUGAUAGUUCAAUUCCAGAACACCAGGAAGCACUAAGAGCAUUGUGGAAAGCUGCCUUUCCUGAAGAGGAACUUUGUGGUCUAAUUUCUGAACAGUGGAAGGAAAUGGGUUGGCAAGGGAAAGAUCCUUCGACUGAUUUUCGGGGUGGCGGGUUUAUAUCAUUGGAGAACUUAUUGUAUUUCGCCAAGUAUUUCCCGAAAUCGUUCCAAGAUCUUCUUCGAAAGCAGGAGGGUGACCGUUCCAUGUGGGAAUAUCCGUUUGCUGUAGCUGGUGUCAACAUUACAUUCAUGCUUAUUCAGAUGUUGGAUCUCGAAGCAUUAAAACCGCGAAGUUUUGUGGGAUCAACUUUCUUGAAGUUUCUUGCAGAAAAUGAAUCGGCAUUCGACCUUCUUUAUUGCAUUACGUUCAAGCUAAUGGAUCACCAGUGGCUCACCAUGCGCGCGUCUUACAUGGAUUUCAAUGCGGUGAUGAAGUCAACACGUCGCCAGCUUGAAAGAGAGCUUUUGCAAGAAGACAUAACACGACUCGAAGAAUUACCGUCCUAUAGACUACUUGGUCGAUAGCAGUCAAGUAUUUGGUUUGACAACAUUUUAGCUACGAAAAGCUGAAAAUAAACGCUAUAUUUACUACGGCGAAUGCCCCAAUCAUCGGCAUGGUACUUUACACUGUAAUAGUAUUACCAACUGCUUGAUUUUGGUUUGAUUUGGAUUUUUUUUUUGUAAAAGAAACAUUAAUUUGUAGGGUGCUUGGUUCCUUCUCUAAUGUAGAAGAAUCAUACAACAGUUUUUGUGAGUGAUCUUGUGAUUAUAU